CUAAUAUUUAACAGGAACCUGAGCAAGCUACAUUUGAUUUUUGCUAGAGGGGAAACCCAUUUGGCUCGAUGGGAGACCAAAGGAAACAAAGGUUACCAUUUUACACCUUUCUCUUUUUUACAUUUGGGCAUCUUAUCACAUCACUGUCUCCUCCACCAACAGUAGUUCCUCUCUUCCAUAGACCUUUUGUGCUGUUAUGGAAUGCUCCUAUUUCUAAAUGCCAACAACUGAAGGUCCCUCUAGAUUUAUCGCUGUUCCAGGCGGUCACCACACCUGCCAGGGAACGCAAUCAAUCCCUGACUCUGUUCUACAAAAAUCGAAUUGGCCUUUACCCCUAUGUGGACCUCCACUCCUUGAAAGAGUAUAAUGGUGGCAUUCCGCAGAGGGGCAACUUGUCUGCUAGUUUGGAUAAAGCUAAGGAAGAGUUUACCCAGUACAUUCUGGACUCAACCACUGGUCUCGCUGUCAUGGAUUGGGAAGAGUGGCUUCCAAUGUUUGACCAGAAUUUUGACGACAAGGAGAUCUACAAAGAACUGUCCAUCAACUUUACCCUCCAGCAGAAUUCUUCCCUUGACCCGCAACAGGCAUUAAGCGAAGCCAGACUACAAUUCCAGCAUGAAGCCAGACGUUUCAUGGAAGAAACUCUGAAAAUGGGAAUCGAUCUUCGACCUCUGCAUCUGUGGGGCUACUACUUGUUCCCAGACUGCUUUAACUAUGACUUUGAUGAGUCAAACUAUACAGGUACUUGCUCAGAGCACACAAAACAGUUGAACAAUGAGCUACUCUGGUUGUGGGAGGUUAGCACUGCCCUUUGCCCAUCAGCAUAUCUGCCAGUUUCUGUGAGUGGAAGCAGGAGCGCAGCACUAUUUGUUCGUCACCAGGUGCAUGAGGCAACAAGAGUGGCAGCCCUGCCAAAACGUCACCACACUGCACCAGUUUACGUCUACCUACGGCCUCUCUUAAGAGACCAAAAGGAGCUUUACAUGAAUGAGAUUGAUUUGGUAAGCAGUAUCGGUGAGAGUGCAGCCCUGGGAGCUUCAGGGGCUGUGCUAUGGGGAGCUAGUGCUGAUUACAAAGACAAGACCUCAUGUGAAGCCUUGUCUGCAUACCUGUCUGAUACCUUAAACCCUUACAUUGCCAAUGUCAGCACUGCGGCCCAGCUCUGUAGCAAAAGUCUCUGUCAAGGCAAUGGACGCUGUGUCCGCAAAAACUACAACUCAGACGAUUACCUCCACAUUAGUUCGGAAAGCCACCAAAUCAUUAGGAAAGAUGGGAAAUAUGUGGUCACGGGGACACCCUCUCCAAAUGAUCUCACUUACUGGAAAAACAAAUUCACUUGUCAGUGCUAUGAAGACAGGAAGUGCACCGCUACAAUACCUGCUUUCUAACAGAA